AGAAAAACCAGUCACUCUUUCCAAACCGCUCAUUUUUUUCUCCAAUUUUCCAAAAUCUCACAAACCCUAACCCUAGCUUUUUGAUGCCAAGGGAUCCGGCGAGCUUCCGGCGAUCCAUUGCACCCCUCCUUCCCGGCCACCAUCGGUGUCCCUGAGGCCUUUACUGUUGCUGCCGGCGCUGGGAAAUGGAGCUUGAUCGUGCGGAGGAUUACCUGAUUGACGAUUCCGGAAUGGGGUCCGAUGGUGAGCUUCACCGCGCCAUUGAGAUCCUCUGUGAGUUGCCUCCAACGUCCGGGGUGCAGAUGGGAGAUGUUUAUAUUGGCGAUGGUGCUAUUCAGCAGAUGGACUCUUCCAAUAGGCUGGACAUUGGAAUUAUUUAUGGAGGUCCCUGCAAUCUUGAGCAGACCAAUUCAGGGAAUAUGGGCUUGGCAUACCGGGAUGCUUGCGCCGUUGAGCAUACAAAUGCUGGAACAAGUGUGGACACUAUGCUGGUUCAUGGAGAUAAUGUCAGUCUUGAAGAGCAUAACACAAGGAAAAGAGCAAUGGAUGAAGAUUGUUCAAGGUCCAAGUCGAAAGCAUGCCGUGAGAAAUUGAGACGGGAUAAAUUAAAUGAUAGGUUUUUGGAAUUGAGUUCUGCUCUUGAGCCUGGUAGACCUCCCAAAUCUGAUAAAACAAGUAUCUUAAGCGACGCAGCUUGUGUGUUAGAACAACUAAAAGCUGAAGCCCAAGAACUAAAAACAGCAAAUGAAAAGCUUCAAGAAACAAUCAAUGAUCUGAAGGCAGAGAAAAAUGAACUUCGAGAUGAGAAGACAAGAUUAAAGGAAGAGAAGGAGAAACUCGAGCAGCAGGUGAAAUCCAUGAGCAUGCCGCCGGUAGGUUAUAUGCCACAUCCAGUGGUAAUCCAUCCCUAUGCCAUGGCUCCCGGUUUUGCCCCCGGUGCACCGUCACCGGCCAACAAACCAGGUUCCUUCGCCGCAUUUCCCAGUAUGCCAAUGUGGCAAUGGAUGCCAUCUGCAUUUGUCGACACUACUCAAGAUGCCAAGCUAUGGCCACCCAAUGCAUAAACAUGCUGAUCUCUCCGGACUUCAUCCUUUCGAAGUCGGGAGAUGUCGAUCUUUUUGUAUGUAUGUCUACCCUGAAAGAACUCCUUAGAUUUAAGGGACAAACUGUUAUAUUUGACCCUGGUAUAGAUUUUCAGAUUCAAGAUUUGUCUUGAAAAGAAAUAAAUUAUUAUGUUUUGGAUGGUUA